GUUUGAAACGUCAGUGUCUUAUUUGUUUUUAAUUUUUUCCAAGAUGAUUUACGCCUAAUUAAAGAAAUUUACAUAGUUAAAAUAAAAGAACAACAAAUUUAAUGGUGUAGCUUUGUUUAAAGUAAACAAUACAAAAUCAAAAUCAUGGAGGCUGCACCAAGGCUUCCUAUGAUAUGUUUUAACCUGUUUGUCAGCCCAGAACCCACCUCAUUUGAAUCAGCAUUAAAACAGUACAUACAAGUAUUUUACAAUGAAGAUGCUGAGAGUUAUGCUACUGAAAUUCACACAUUGGAAGGAUUGAGGGCAGCAGCUGUAAGACCUACUACGGAUGUAUCGGGAUGUGAAAUUUUAAGAAAGUACUACUGUCAGUUACACUUUCUUAAAUCCCGAUUCCCUAUGGAAGAGGGUCAAGCAGCUUCAGUCUCAUUCACAUGGAAGGACAAUUGUUCAACUACACAAUGUACCAUGAAUGAUAUUAGAUUUGAGCUUAUGUGUGUGUUAUUCAAUAUAGGUGCUUUACACACGCAGUUGGGUGCAACUGAUCUUAGAUCAUCUCCAGAGGGCAUGAAAAUGGCUUGCACACAUUUUCAAUGUGCUGCAUGGGCUUUUCAAACUAUUAAAGAAACAUAUGGACAAAUGGUGGGAUAUAUUACUUCUCUCAUUGUAAUUCAAUUUUAUCAACAAGUUUGUUUGGCUCAAGCACAGGAAUGCAUUCUUGAGAAAAGUAUGCUCGACAAUCGUAAGGCUACAAGUAUUGCGAAAGUGGCAGUCCAAGUGCGUGAUUAUUAUAGAUCCGCUCUAACUAUAAUACAAGGCCAAGGAGAAAACAGUUUACAUUUUAUACUGACUGCCAAAACUAUAAAGGAGUGGACAAACUACCUGUCAUUCAAAGUAGCCUACCACAAAUGCAUUGCCCUGCUCUUCCAAGGGCAACAGGCUGAAGAACAGCAAAAAAUGGGUGAGAGGGUGGCCUUCUAUCAAGCUGCAUGUGAACAAUUGGAGGACGCUAGAAAGAUGUCAUCAUUCUUCAAAAACCAACAGGAUAUUGCGGAGGCCUUAAGUUUCACGUUGGAUAUUGUGGAAGGAAAAAGAAAAGCGGCCAAAAACGAAAACGAAUUCAUUUACCAUGAACAGGUGCCCGCCAAGGAAGCCUUGCAAGAAGUUAAAGGCGCCUCUUUGGUAAAAGGUAUUCCAUUCAGUGUUAAUGAUCCUGAUGUGUCUGGCAAUGAUAUAUUUGCACGUCUUGUACCAAUGGAGGCUCACGAGGCAGCUUCUUUGUACAGUGAAAAGAAAGCCCAACUUAUUAGACAACUUGGCGAAUUGGUAGAAAGUAAAGACCAAGCAGUUGCUGAGUUUAUGUCGUCUAUGCAAUUGGAUUUUUUGAAUAAAGUACACACUGCAUCAGGAAUACCACAAGAAAUCGUGGAUCGAGCGGCAGCUAUCAACGCCAAACCAAAUGCCACUCAGGAUCUUAUUGACGCCAUGGGGAAACUAUCCAACAUUUUCCAUGAAGUUGAGUCAAUGUUGAAUGAGAUUGACGCACUUUUGAAAGAAGAAGAGAACAGCGAAAAAGAAUAUCAAACAUUGAUGGGGAAGCGACCUCCCAGCAUAAUUGCUACCGAUCUGGCUCGAGAAGCGGCCAAAUAUAGAGAAGCACACGCCAAGGCGAACGAUUCCAACCAAACUUUGCACAGAGCAAUGACUGCUCAUGUGGCCAAUUUGAAAAUUCUGUCGCAACCUUUGAAGGAACUUCAACAACAGUUACCAAGCAUUGACUUAAAAGAUCCAAGUAUAAAUCAAAGUGUGUUAGUGGAAUUGGAAAGUUUGGUGAGCAAGGUUGAAGAAAUGAGAACUCAAAGGUCUUUGCUUUGGGCCGAAUAUCGUGAAGCGCUGCACAAUGAUGACAUUACUAGUAUUUUGGUAACCAAACAACCUGACGAGAGUUUGGAGCACCUUUUCCAACAACAUUUAGAGAAACAUCAAAAACUGGCGGACUUAAUUAAACAAAAUUCCACAGCCCAAGAAAAUAUCAAAAAAGCUCUAGUUGAAGCUUAUGCUAAUUCUUUAAAUACAAGACGAUUCGUGCAAGACAUUAUCCAGAAGAGACAAAACACUAUUACAUCUUUGGUCACAUCUUACGACGCAUACGACGAUCUUCUUGCUAAAGCAAACAAGGGUAUCGAAUUUUACACCAAACUUGAAACGAACGUCACAAAACUAUUGCAAAGAAUACGGGGAGCUUGUAAAGUCCAACAGGAAGAAAGGGAACAAAUGUUGUCAAAGACGGAGCCUCCGAAAGGCGAAUAUAUACCGCCUGCUGUUCCUGCUUCAACAACUCCCAAACUGAAAGAUUAUUUGGAAGCUAGAAAAAAGAAUACUAUUAGUGCAUACGAUUCUGCUAUGCCUCAAUACCCUACAGCUAAUUAUCCAGUUGAUGCUCCAACAUGGUCACCAGGAGUGAGGCCAGCUCCUCUGGGAUCGGAAGUUAAUGAUCCACUUCCAUCCGCUAAUACACAAGAAGCUUAUAAUUAUUCAAAUACGGCUCAGUAUUACAAUCAAGCUCCCACAGCAAGUUACAGUUAUCCAGCGUCUAACAUGUAUAGUUCCCAAACGGCUUACAAUCCCGCAGACUCUAGACAAAUACCAUACAGUUCUGCACAAGCCGCAAGUUAUAACACAACAGACAGUAGCAUUCAGAAUCAAGGUUACAACACUCAAGAACAAAGAAUUACAGCCCCUCAGAUACCUACUGAUCUAACUGCUGCUGCUGCAGGAUACAGCACCCCAGAUGCAAGUGUCGACUAUGAUUUGUCAAAUCGUAUGAAGAAGCUCUUAGGUUCUUCGCAAUCGACAGCAAACACACCUUAUAACCCUCAACAAUAUUCUUACAGCAGUUAUACUCCCCAAAACUAUUCGCCUUCAUACAGUUUCCAAAGUAAUUCUUCAAAUACGACUACUCCCUCUCAGCAACAACAAUCUUACGAAUAUGAUCCAACUAAAGCAUACACUUCAACCACCAAUUCAUAUCAACCUAUCUCGAGUCACACACCUGGUGUAGCUAGUACAUAUUAUCCAACAUCUAAUAGUUACACAGCUUCAAGUGGUUCUGCUUCUUAUUUGCCAACUAGUACAAGUGGUUAUGCAAGUCAGUACGGUACUGACGCAUCAAGUGCAAACAACAGUUAUCAAAACUUAAACAAUUCUGCAAUGGGUUCUUAUCAAAAUCCCACCAAUUAUUCCACUACUGUAAAUCCACCUGUUAGCAGUACACAUCAAAGUACUAACACUCCAAAUUACCAAACUCCUGUCAGUUCCACCCAAACAUAUCAAUACCCUUCAAGUGCGUAUAAUCAGUAUAAUACAUACUAUCCCCCUGGGUAUGCACCUGGUUAUACUAAUCAAACAGGAUCUGCAUCGGAUUACUCGACUCAAAACUACCAUACACAACAAUAUGCAACAUCUGUUCAACCAAACUGUUCUGCUGUAAACAGUUCCACUUAUUCGUCACCAACUGUGGCGACGUCAAGCUCCAAUUCAUCAACCAAUGAAACUGUUCAACAAUACAAUUACCCCCAGAAUUAUCAACAGUACCCAUAUGCCAAUCAAACUUCAGAACAAACUCAAACUCCUGGAGCAUACAUGGCGAAUCCAAAUUACUCGGCAUAUAGCUAUUACCAGACCCAAAAUUAUAACACUCAGCAAGGCUAUGGGCAAACCACCCCAACACCACAAACCCCUCAACCAGUACAAACCCCACAACCUUCUCCGGCUCCAGCCCCUACCAAGGUAGAUUCAAAUAUUGACCUCCUCACCGGCUUGGACUUCAGCAUCAAUCAGACCCCACUUGUUCCACAAAACUCGGUCUCAACGUCCAGCAGCGUUCAACCAGAACCACCAAAGCAAGAUGUUCCCGUGAAAACAACAACAGUUGUAGAAAAAUCAACACCCGAGGUUCAGAAACCGAAAACUCCCCAAGUUAAAAUAUUGCCCAGCAAACCGUUGAACAACGAAGAGGUCAAGAAGCUGUUCAGUCAAGAGGUUGAAAAAUUCGAAAAGUUCGUCGACGUGUUGCCGAACAAGACGUUGAGUGGCCCCACUAAUUUAGACUUGAAGUGGAAAGAAAUACAAGAUAAACAAGAUACCGAUGGGCAAAGGAAAAUCAUAUCGGUUGCCAGAUGCUAUCCCAUGAAGAACAGGUUUCCCGAUAUUCUUCCUUACGAUGCUUGUAGAGUUGAACUGGUGGACUCCAAAGAUGACUAUAUUAACGCCUCUUUUAUUAAGGACAUUUCUCCAUAUGCUCCUUUGUUUAUUGCCACCCAAGCACCGAUGAAUUCGACUUUCGUCGAUUUUUGGACAAUGAUUCGUGAGCAACAAGUAGAGUUGAUAUUUUGCCUUUUAAAUGAUAGUGAGAUUGGAAGUGAUAUAUAUUGGCCGAAGGAAAAGGGCGUGAAUUUGAGUGUGUCAAAUAUGGUGAUAUCUUUACAAAGCGUGAUACCGAAAGCUAAUUGGACUGAAAGACUGAUUUCUAUAUCUAUACCAGAGAAACGUGAAUCGUGGGUUGUGAUGCAUUUGCAAUUCACCUCAUGGCCCGGAAGUUUAUUCCCCACUUCUGCUGAACCAUUCGUCGCCUACAACAAGGAAAUGAUAAGCUUGUACCAGCAGCAACGGAACUUAAUGCAUCCAGUUGUUGUGCAUUGUUCAUCAGGAAUUGGAAGAACUGGACUAAUUCCACUAUUAACAGCAGCAAUAUUGGACGUAACUAACAAUCCAACAUCCAUUCCCGAUUUGUCUCAACUAACGAUGAAGCUUUCAAAUUGCCAAAAGAAUAUCUUACGCGAUAGAGAACAUCUGAAAUUUGCAUAUGAGGCGUUCUUGUGUUACAUGAAACAACUUGUUAUGCAAGAUAAGUUAAAGAGCAAAUUAAAGGACGUCGUAGUGAAUGAAAAUUCAGAAGUUGCACCGUCAGCUGAAGUCAAAGAAGUAAAUGUUGAUCCACUUAGUUCUUUGGAUCCUUUUUGGGCAAGCAAAAAAUAAAUUUCUUAUACACAUAUAAGUAUUAUGAUCUUAAUAAUAUAUUUGUCUUUAGAUAUACAUACAGCAUAUUGUUACUCUGUAUUUAUUUGAAUUGUAAAAAUAUUUUAUUAAAUUUAACUUUAUCUAUAUUUUAUUCUACUGAUUCAUUUGUUAAUCUCAAAUAAAGAUUAAAUGGCAAAUUUA